AUGAAAUUUUUCACUCUGACUUUGGCGCCCCUCGUCUUCGCAAAUUCCAUCUACUCGCUUCCGCGGGAUAGCGACAACAUCGGCCAGCAGGAAAAUGACAAUCUCGAAGAUCAGUUCUGGCGAAGAAUCUUCGAUGACAGCAUGCAGUUUCCUCAGGCGGAGAUCAAGAGAGCAGCCAUGUCGCCUUGGGAACGAAUGCUCCUCUAG